GGAGGAAAGGAACGGAGCUGGGAGGGCGGCGCGGAGCGCCGGCGGGGACAGGAGGGGCAGCCAUGCUCUUGUCUGGGGGUAGGCCCCCCGCGCAGGAAUGGUUCAUGGUGCAGUCGAAAUCAAAGCCUCGGGUGCACCGACAGCGGCUGCAAGUCCAGCGCAUCUUCAGGGUCAAGGUGAACGCCUUCCAGAGCCGUCCCGACACCCCCUACUUCUGGCUGCAGCUGGAAGGGCCCCGGGAGAAUACGGGUAAAGCCAAGGAGUAUCUGAAGGGUCUGUGCAGCCCAGAGCUGUGGAAGGAGGUUCGCUAUCCGCCAGUCCUGCACUGCGCCUUCCUUGGGGCACAAGGCUUGUUCCUGGACUGCCUCUGCUGGAGUACUCUGGCUUACCUGGUGCCUGGUCCCCCAGGCUCCUUGAUGGUGGGUGGACUGACCGAGUCUUUCACCAUGACACAGAACUGGCUGGAGGAGCUGGUGGCGCGGUUCCGCUGGGGUCCUGCCCCUAUGAUCACCCCCCGGGGGGGCUGGGAGACGGAGGUGACCCGGGCUUUUGGGGCCCUGGUGUGGAUCCGUGGUGACCAGUAUGCAGGGGAUCUGAUGCAGCUUCCCCCAGCGGUCCAGGAACUGCUUCUCAACCUGGUGCGAGAUGCUGCUGGCAAGGAAGACAUCGUUGAGUGGCUCAGCCACGUUGGCAUCUCUAGCACCUGUUCCAGCCCAGAGGUUCUGAUCUGCCCUGGCCAGCAGCAGAAGGAAGGCUCGUCCCUGGUGACCAUAGGGGAGAGCCCUGGACCCUUCCUAGAGAUAGGAGCCUUGAAUCAGGCUUCAGAGAAUCCAAAGAGAUUGGCAAGGUUAGGAGCAACUGGAUCCCCGACCCCAGCCCAGAGCAGUCAGCAGGAGUCAGCAUGCCAGCUGGUACGGAUCCGUCCCAGCAAGCAAGGUGAGGUGACCAGUGCUCGCGAGGAAGGGCCCCUCGUGCAAGCCACCAGCAGCCAGGGCUCUGCCAAUCACACACAAGCCCUCUUGCAGCAAAGGCAGGCACAGAGGACAGAAGACAGAAUCUCAUUGCGGUCACCAGUGUCGGCUCUGAGUGUGUGUCCAUCCUGGAAGUCCUGGGUCCCAGGGCCAGCCUUUGGGCCCUUGUGGCCAGGGGCUAUUGCUGCAACUUUCUGGAAGAUCAACGAACUGCAUUCUCUUCACCUGGCCUGGCUGCUAUCCCAAGCUUGCUUCAGUUUCCCAUUCUGGCAGAGACCCAUGGGUCCCAUUCAGCUGAAGCUGCCAGGACAGAAUCCUUUGCCCUUAAACCUGGAGUGGAAGCCAAAAGAGCUUACUCCUCUACCCAGUGCAGAAAACCAGGCUUGUAGACCAGAUGGAGAGAUAGGAAGGGAGACAGCCCUACAGCAUAGCCCGAGGCCAGAGACCCCCACAGAAGUCAUCAGUUUACCGGGGGUGCCAGGGGACUGUGGUAUCAUAGAGAUUGUUAGCUCAGAACCUCCACAAGUAGAGCCAUCCUUGACAUCUGCACCCCAAGCUAAAGCGGAGCAGGAAGAUGAAAGACAUUCACGGUCAGAUGGUGAGGGCCAGGAAAAGCCCUCUUCAGCACUGCCCACAGAGCAAAGGGGACCCACAGCUCAAGAGAGGCCAGUGGCUCAGGCGGAGAUGACGGGUCAGUCAGGACCCAAAGCUCCAGCAAUGUCUGAGACUCCUGAAGCACCCGUGGCUACAGAUGUGUCCAAAGUCGACCACCCACCCACCGAGGAAGGGCUGCCUGCAGCUCCCAAAGUGCCUCCAGCCCUAAAGCCAGCAGUGGAUGCAGAGGCUGCAGCUCCCAAAGUGCCUUCAGCGCCACCAAAGUCAGCAGUUCCUGUGGUGUCCACAGCCCCCAACGCAAUCGCGAGUCAACCAGCAGCUCCCAUGCUACCCGCAACUCCCCAGACCCCUGCAGCUCAGAACAUGCCUUCAGUAAAAACACCCGCAGGCUCCCAAACCCCCAAAGUUCAAACUGGGAAUGCCACUAAAGCAGGGUCUGCCACUCCCAAAACACCUUCGACCACCAAAACACCUGCAGCUUCUAAAGCCUCCCGAGCAUCUAAAACAUCCGCAGCCCAGAUGUCCACAGUUGCCGGGCUGAGCGUGGAUGAAGUCAAACUCCCGAAUGAGGUCCAGGCUUCAAAGGGUGGAGCUGUCGUGCCAAAGGGCCAGGGAAAGCCUGGAAGGCAGGGUCUCCAGGCCAGUAACAACUUGGCCUCCAGAAAUAAACAUCAGUUCUUGAAGGAAGGACUUCUUGGGGCUUGGGAGGGGACCCAGAGGAAGUCAGCUCACCACCCGCAGGCCAGCAACACAGUGACCAGCUUCCAGAGGUACCAUGAGGCCUUGAACACACCCUUUGAGUUGAACUUGUCUGGGGAGCCUGGGAAUCCAGGACUGCGGAGAGUGAUCAUUGACGGCAGCAGUGUGGCCAUGGUACAUGGCCUCCAGCAUUUCUUCUCUUGCCGAGGCAUUGCCAUGGCAGUGCAGUAUUUCUGGGAUCGAGGACACCGGGAGGUCACUGUGUUUGUUCCCACCUGGCAGCUGAAGAAGAACCGGAGGGUGAGAGAGAGCCACUUUCUGACGCAGCUUCACUCACUCAAGAUGCUGUCAAUCACUCCCUCCCAGCUGGAGAAUGGCAAGAAGAUCACCACCUAUGAUUACAGGUUCAUGAUCAAGCUGGCAGAGGAGACUGAUGGAGUCAUUGUCACUAAUGAGCAGAUCCACAUCCUCAUGAAUAAUUCUAAGAAAGUGAUGGUCAAAGAUCGCCUGCUGCCCUUCACCUUUGCGGGGAAUCUCUUCAUGGUCCCAGAUGACCCCCUCGGUCGUGAUGGCCCCACCUUGGAUGAAUUUCUGAGGAAGCCAAACAGGUUGGACAUGGACAUUGGCAAUUUCUUGAAGGUGUGGAAGACCCUUCCUCCCAGCUCAGCCAGUAUCUCUGAGUUGAGUGAUGAUGUGGAUCCUGAGCCAGUGGUGGGUCCCCAGAAUGUGGAAGAGGUCAGGGAGAAGAGGGAGGACAUCCCAGCAGAGGAGCUGAUGGAGCAGCCGGGAAUACCGAAGGCUGAUGAGCAAGACGACCGUGACUCUUCCCUCGCGUCAGUGUUUGGAGCUGAAUGCCCUUCCUUUUCUGAGGAAAUCCUCCGGUGUCUCAGCCUGCAUGACCCCUCUGAGGGGGCUUUAGAUAUUGACCUUCUGCCAGUGGUGUCCUCUCCCUACACGGAUGUCCCCUGGGAUGGGCAGGCUCCCUGUCAGGAGGUUCUUGCCCAGCUCGCUCAGCUCACCAUCCCUAGCAAUUUCACUGCUCUGUCUUUCUUUGUGGGCUUUAUGGAUUCGCACCAGGAUGCUAUUCCUGACUAUGAAGUCCUUGUGGGCCCCCUGCACAGCCUUCUCAAGCAGAAGCCGGACUGGCAGUGGAACCAGGAUCAUGAGAAGGCCUUCCUGGCCCUGAAGCGAGCCAUAGUGUCUGCCCUCUGCCUGUCAACCCCCAAUUCUGAUCUGCCCUUCUACCUGGAAGUGACCGUUAGCCAAGUGUCACUGACGGCCAUCCUGCAGCAGGAGCACUCAGGAAGGAAGCACCCCAUCGCCUAUACCUCGAAACCUCUUCUCCCUGAUGAGGACAGUGAGGGUCCACAGUCAGGGGGGGACAGCCCCUAUGCUGUGGCUUGGGCCCUCAAACACUUUUCCCGAUGCAUUGGAGACAAUCCAGUGGUUCUACGUCUUUGCUAUGCCUCCCGGACCAUGGUGGACAACGAGACGUGGGAAAGCUGUAGGGUUUCCAAAGCGUGGUUGAUUCGAUGGUCUCUCUUGGUUCAGGACAAAGGCAAGAGGGAUUUGGAACUGACCCUUCUCCAUGGCCUGCUGGGGGAAAACCGGCUGCUGACACCUGCUUCCUUGAUGCCUCGAGUUUUCCAGCUUCUGCCUCCUUGUACUGACCUGUCUACAUUUAUCUGCAUCCAUAUGUCUGGCUAUUGCUUCUACCGUGAUGAUGAGCUGUGUGCUGGCUUUGGUCUCUACAUCUUGUCCCCCACCAGCCCCCCAGUCUCCCUUACCUUUUCCUGUUUCCCUUAUACACUCACCUAUGCCCACCUGGCAGCCGUGGCCUGUGGCCUAGAGCGCUUUGGCCAGUCCCACCUGCCAGUGGUUUUCCUCACCCACUGCAACUGGAUCUUCAGCGUCCUCUGGGAGCUCCUGCCACUCUGGAAAGCCCGGGGCUUCCUCUCAUCAGACGGGGCUUCUCUACCUUAUCCAAGCUUGCUCUCCUAUAUUAUAUCCCUCACUUCUGGCUUCUCAUCCCUUCCCUUUAUCUACCGAACCUCUUAUCGGGGAUCUCUGUUUGCUGUGACAGUGGAUACUCUGGCCAAACAGGGUGCCCAAGGGGGCGGGCAGUGGUGGGAUUUGCCAGAGGAUGUGCCAGUGCCAAUAGUGACUCCCCAUACUAAAGGCAGGAAGCCCAACCUGCUGGCCUUGCAGCUGAGUGACAGCACCGUGGCUGAGAUCAUUGCCAAGCUGCAGGCGGGGCAGAAAUUAUCCGGGCCCUCCCCUUUCAGUUCUGCUUUUAAUUCACUCAGCCUUGACAAAGACAGUGGCCUGCUUAUGUUCAAGGGAGAAAAGCAUCCCAGGGUCUGGGUAGUCCCAAGGCAACUUCGGAGGGAUCUGAUUUUUUUUGUGCAUGACAUCCCCUUAGGGGGGCACCAGAGGCCAGAGGAGACCUAUAAGAAGUUACGGUUGCUGGGAUGGUGGCCUGGGAUGCAGGAGCACGUGAAAGAUUACUGCAGGAGCUGUUUGUUUUGCAUUCCCCGAAAUCUCAUAGGGGGUGAGUUGAAAGUUAUCGAGUCCCCGUGGCCUGUCAGGUCAACCGCUCCCUGGUCAAGUCUGCAGAUCGAGGUGGUGGGUCCCGUCACUGCCAGCGAGGAAGGUCAUAAACACGUGCUCAUCGUGGCUGAUGCCAACACCCGGUGGGUGGAGGCAUUCCCUCUGAAGCCCUAUACGCACAUGGCCGUGGCCCAGGUGUUACUGCAGCAUGUGUUUGCGAGAUGGGGUGUUCCCAUAAGGCUGGAGGCAGCCCAAGGCCCCCAGUUUGCCCGACAUGUCCUGGUGAGCUGUGGGCUGGCCCUAGGCGCUCAGGUGACCACACUGAGUAGGACCCUUCAGUUCCCUUGUUUGAUGAGUUCAGAGGCCUAUUGGGAAUUCAAGAGGGCCCUGAAGGAGUUCAUCUUCCUGCAUGGCAAAAAGUGGGCAGCCUCCCUUCCCUUGCUGCACCUGGCUUUUAGGGCUUCCACCCCAGAGGCCACCCCAUACCAGGUCCUGACUGGGGACGAGUUGAGGCUGAUGGAGCCCUUGUGGUGGGAGUUGAGCAGUGCAAACAUCGAGGGGCUCAAGAUGGACACGUUCCUGCUGCGGCUGGCGCGGGAGCUGUUGGGCCUCCACUGGAGGGUGGCAGAGAAGGCCGGUGAGAAAGCUGACAAUAGACGCUUCCAGAGGGAGAUCCAGAACAAGGAGUGGAAUGUGGGUGACCAGGUCCUCUUGCUGUCUCUCCCCAGGAAUGGCAGCAGUGCUAAAUGGGUGGGGCCCUUCUAUAUUGGCGACCGACUGAGCCUAUCGCUCUAUAGGGUUUGGGGUUUCCCGACCCCAGAGAAGUUGGGGUGUGUCUAUCCUAGCAGUCUAAUGAAGGCCUUUGCCAAUGGUGGCGCAUCCCUUUCCCUCAAUGACUUGGACCAAUGAUUAGAGCCAUCAGGGAGCUCCCUGCUCUGGGGGUCUUGGGUUUCUGCUGCUAGGUCUCCUUUUGCUCUAAGAAAGGCUCUCAGCUCUUGGGGGCCUCCAGUUGUGCCUUUUGUGAAGUUGUUUUGUUGAUAAAGCUUUGCUGAAUUGCCUUGACCUCGGGAUGAAUGUCCCUAUGGAAAUAUCCCAGCUUAGGGUUUUUGGAAACCUUGCCAAACGUCAUGUGUGGGUUCUGGCAGUUUUCCACUUGGGAGCAGAAAGGCUCCUUACUAAAGUAGGCCAGGCUCACAGUCUUUUCCAAGUGCCGUGUUGCCCCUUCAUGCACAUGCAGGCAUAUCUUAGUGUGUACACCCCUCCCUCAGUAUCUUAAACCUGGUAUAUUUAAUAGUGCGAAUCUGAACCUCACAGUGGGUACCACGCUGCUGGCUCUCUCAUGCAAGUGCCUCCCCUUACACUGUGGGUUUGGCGAGCCUUUGCCCUUGGAGUUUUCAGUGGCACGGACACAUGCUGAUAGGGAGGGCACAACAGUUCUCCCGUCAGCUUCCUUUGCCUUCUUAGCUGUCAAGAAAGGGUUUUAGCCUUCAUGUGCCUCUAGGAUGGGUGCUCUGGGUGGAGAUAAUCAACCACACACCACCCACCCACCUACCUGUGUAAGGGAAGGGGAGAGUGGAAGAUGAGUUGGCCUACCUCAUUUGAUUCCAGUCAAGGGAGGUGAUUCCUGACCCCUGCUGUGAUGGUGGUCACCUCAUGGGAAUCAUGGACCUUGGUGCCCAGUGUGGCAUCUCUCUACUGGAAGAGCUGCUUCUAUUAGGUCAAGUGGUACCCACGCUCUGCUUCAUGGGGAGGGCGUUUGAUGCGUGGCCAGGCGUUGGGUAGCUUUAUCUCUUACUCUUCUCAGCCCCUCCCCAAACCCACAGCCCUCUCCUGCCUGUACCAUAGCUUGCCAUCUCCUCAGACGCCAUAAGGCUGCUCUGCCCUGAGCAGCUGCGGCGCUCUUGAUCUGCCUGUGUAGAGCUCCCUUAGAGCCAGCCAUGUAGACAGCACUCUUGCAGUGGGAGUGGGCCUCUCAUAGACUCGAGUGCUUCUCACCAUCUGCAUGUCCACACUUGUGAGCUGUCAGUCUGCAGAGGAAAGCCAGCACCACGCCGCUCUGGCUCAGGUCCCUAGUAGCUCAUUUCCUCAGGAGCCAUUCCAGUUUCCUGGCCCAGCACGGGUCACCAGUCAUGACAUUGCAGAGUGCUGGGGCCAGAGAAGCUGCCUUGAGUCCAGCAUGUUUCACGGCAGAGGAAAGAGGGCCAGAGUGGGAGGGGGGAAUGACUAGUCCAAAGUCAUACAGCGAAUUGGUAGCUGAGUUGGGAUCCAGAUGAACCUUCUUGACUGACUUCAAGUUCACCAUGAUAGGGGUUCUAGGAACAGAGUGGAGCAGGAGAAGCCUUUUGGAUUUGGUACAUCCAUUCCCUUUGAUGCCAUCUCCCAACUUUUCUAGAUAAACUACCUGAUGUUGUUCCUCAGCCAGUCCAGCUGUCAGCCCUGCCCAGGGAUGAGUGCGGGGUGACACCCGAGACGCUGAAAGGUCAGAUGUAGAGUUUUUAGCAGGUACUGUAUUUUCUCACCUUUGCCUCUUUCCCAGCCUCCCCCGCCCCCAGGGCUGUAUUCAAACCCCUCUUCCAGUUAAGAACAAUUUUGAUCAUAUGCUCUUUCAAGCGAUUUUCAUUCUAAUUUUCAAUAAAUCAAUUAAAAU